AUGCCUGAAACGUCUGAAAUGGAGAUAUUGCCUGGUGUAAAAACCGAGUCUGGAAAGGAACUGCUUACUGACGUAAAAAUUGAAACAUCUGAAAAAGAGUCAUUAUCAACCAAAGAGGGUCUUCAAGAAAAUAAAAAACGAAUACAUGACGACGAAGAAAGUUACAGUUAUGCUCUUGAUGACUCAAAAAGGCAAAAGAGAGAAGGAUCUGAAACUCCUGGAACACAUUCUCCCAAAUCAACAGCUUCGCUUUCACCUACUGCAUCAGAUAGAGACUCCAUGACACCGACAUACUCUUCUAGUUAUUUAAUGGCACAACAAUCUCUUUAUUUUCCCAAACCUGGGAUGUCCGCAUUGCAUCUAAAUGAAACACAAAAGGCUGCUCUAGAUAGAGCAAAGGCCUUUGCAAGAGAUAUACAGGCAACACUGCUAAAAUCAGCUGGAAGAGAUAGCUCACCUCCACGUUUACCUUCUCUUUUUUUAUCAUCUAAUCCUGGAUUGGCAUCCGGAAUAGAUCCCCGUUCUCUUUCGGUUUUAUCACGUAUUUAUGUCGGUUCAAUCAAUUUUGAACUUACCGAACAACAUUUGCGCGUUGUAUUCGGCCAAUUCGGUUCAAUAAAGAGCGUUAGUAUGUCUUUAGAUCCUCUCACUGGAAAACAUAAAGGUUUUUGUUUCAUUGAAUUUGAAACACCGGAAGGUGCCUCUUUGGCUCUUGAAUCUAUGAACGGAGCCGAAUUAGGUGGAAGGCAGCUUAAAGUUGGGAGGCCUAAUAAUUAUACUGCUGCUACUGCUGCUGGUUUAUUACCGCCUCCAAAAACUCGGAUAUACGUUUCUAACGUUAACGAAUAUGUUAGUGAAGAUGAUUUGUUGAGUAUUUUUGAAUCAUUCGGUAAAAUUAUUCAUUGCGCUCUAUUGCCGGACCUUAUAACGAGAAAGCACAAGGGAUAUGGGUUCAUUGAAUUUUAUGAUGAAUCCGCCGCUAGUACAGCUGUUAGUUCUAUGAACAAUUUUGAAUUAGGAGGUUUGAUUUUACAUGUUGGUAAGGCGGUGAUUGGAGGUCCACUAAGCGAGGGUAUGAAAGCAAUCGAAAAAUUACCCCCGCUUCCUGUUGGUGUAACCCCUCCACCUACUCUUGUAGCCUCCCCUUCUGUGUCUGCUGCAGCUGCGGCUGCUAAAGCUCAAAAUGCAGCAGCGAAAAUAGCGGCUGAUUUGGCUGCUAGAGGACAAGCUGCGGUGGAGUCUGUCGCACAGGAAGAGAAUAUGAGUAUUAGUGCUAGCCAACGUUAUGCGAUUAUGCAGAAAUUAGCACGAGCUGAAUCAUCUCCAGUUGUGUGCAUUCGUAAUGCUGUUGCGCCUUCAGAAGUUGACGAUACGCUUGAAGACGAAUUUCAAGAAGAGUGUAGUAAUUAUGGACAAGUUAGCAAAGUAGUAGUUCACAUUGAUUCAGAAGAGGGUUUUGAAGGUGAACGAGGUUUGGUUAAAAUAUUCGUUCAAUUUGAAGAAGGAGCUGAUGCAGUGAAAGCCAAAGAAAAAUUGGAUGGUCGAUGGUUUGGAGGUCGUCGUAUAAGUGCUACUUUAUUUGACCUUAAAAAGUUUCAAACAGGAGAUUACUCCAACUAA